CUGGCCUUCAUCCGGUCUUUCCUCCGUUCCAAGGCAGCCACGCGCUUCGGCCCAGCAUCAGCUAAACCUAAAAAACUAAAGCCAUGGCAAGGCCCAGAGUUUUCUUCGACAUCACCGCCAACGGCAAUCCAGUUGGAAGAGUGAUAAUGGAGCUGAGAGCUGAUGUUGUCCCCAGAACUGCAGAGAACUUCAGGCAGCUGUGCACCGGUCAGCCUGGCUUCGGCUACAAAGGCUCCACCUUCCAUCGCGUCAUCCCCGACUUCAUGUGCCAGGGAGGCGACUUCACGAACCACAACGGAACUGGUGGAAAGUCCAUUUAUGGCCACAAGUUUGAGGAUGAGAACUUCACCCUGAAGCACACCAGCGCUGGCUGCCUGUCCAUGGCCAACGCCGGCCCCAACACCAACGGUUCCCAGUUCUUCAUCUGCACAGCAGUUACUUCAUGGCUGGACGGUAAGCACGUUGUCUUCGGACAGGUUGUGGAGGGCUUGGACAUCAUCAAGAAAGUGGAGGGCUACGGUUCCAGCAGUGGAAAGACCAGUGCCAAGAUCAUCGUCGCUGACUGUGGCCAGCUAUAAACACCUCCGCCCAAACCUUAGUCUAGUUACCCCUCAGUGCUCCCUUUCACACAUCCUGCCGCUAACCGCAAUAUUCCUGUCCAAGAUCUACAACCCCUCCCUAUAUCCUUCAGGCGUCCAUCUUUGUCUCUGACCAGUUGCCUUUGCUGGUUUGUUUUCAUUUGCAAAUGAAGUCCUGUAGGCCUAUAAUUUGUGUAUCAAAAUCUGAAAAUAAAGGGGAACAAUGACGUGAAACUUC